AUGGCGCCUAAAAUCUUUCAAACCGCCUACUACUCCCUUAUUGUGGCUUUCAUUGUUGUUGCGCUGAUCGCACGCACCAAUCAAGAGCAUUUGAACGCCAGUAAUGCGCCUACACAAGCGCGCCGCGAAGUUGACGAAAAACGUAGUAGCAGCAGCGCCACAACAGCCGCACAACACACUGAAAAGCUGUUGAAAAAUGCGCCAUACUUUCAGGCGUCACUGCCAAUGCGUGUCUAUGAAUGUUUGCGCGACUUUAGCAUUUUGCGUUGUACGAAAUUGUUUUUACUGCAGAAAUUGGCGGAGCGCAAGAGCUUGAGUCACACGCGCAACUUGACGCACGACUUUCUCGAACAAUUCUUCGAUUCGGAGGACAGGCUGGACAGUUUGAUCAACAACAAAUAUGCGCAUAUGUCCGAUGAGAAGUUGAAUCAGUGUCUGGUGUUGCAAUUUCAACGUUUCUUCAAGCAUCGCGACAUCAAGCUGCACUUUCUGCCCGGCAUAAUGGUGAAAAUCGUGCCGAGUCGAGACAAUAAAUUGAGUUUCUCACUGAAGAAGAGCAAAAAAACCAAAAAGCAUGCUGCAGUGGUUAGUGGUCGCGCAUCAAAGCUGGUUGAGGAAAUCGAUGAAACGUUGGGCAUGUCUGAAGUGUCCGAAGCUCAGUCGGAGGAGUCAGCGCUUACGAAGCAAAGUGAAUUGGGUUUAGCUGGCGCUGGUAAUGCCGUUGGUGGCAUUGGCGGCGGGCAUGGUGGUAUUGGUGGUGGUGGUGGUGGUGUAGGUGGUGUUGGUGGCGGUAUUAGACGCAAAAAUAAAAAGGAUUCGACGUACUCCUCCUACAAGAGCACCAUACUACAAAUGGCCGUGCCUGUUAUGGUUAUGCCUGCCAUUCUGAUGGGCACUGUCUUGCCAUUUCUAUUGCCCAUGCUGAAAAUGGCCACCAUAAUGACGAUGAUGUUGAAUAACAGCGCUUUUAUUGCCGCGCUCAUUUAUGCUGCACGCACACACGCGAAUGCGCAGGAGGAACAGCAUAUUAGCUAUCCACCACAGGGAUACUUUUAG